CGUAAUUACGUCAUCACUACGCGCCCAGACUCAAGCGAUGCAUGUGCGUGCAUCAGCUAGAAGUUUUCUGUUGUUCCUGGAACCCCAGUGUCGCUUUAGGAGGGGAAUUUAACGAUGCAGGAACAGGACACGACCCCCGAAGCUCCGUCAGGUGAAGACACAAACACCGGGAAACGCAAACACGACGACGAGCCGGACCCCCCGGAGACAGGCGGCCGGGGUAAGAAGCGAAGAGGAGCCGGAGGGAAGAAGCUCCGUCCUGGGGAGAGGUACGUCCCACCGCCCCAGAAGCGGAACUCGGGGGUCAGCUUCAGCCAGGAACACUUCGACGAAACGUCCUACUUCUUCGAAGGCGGCCUGCGCAAAGUUUUUCCGUAUUACUUUGACUUUAAAUCCUACUGCAAAGGCCGGUGGAUCGGGAAAAGCCUACUGGAGGUCUUCAAGAGCGAGUUCAGAGCGGAGUCCAUUGAGUACUAUGAGAAGGCUGCGAAGGAGGGCCGCAUCCGGCUCAACGAGAGUCCUGUGGAUGACCUGUCCGUGGUGCUCAGGAAUAACGACCACAUGAGGAACACCGUGCAUCGCCAUGAGCCUCCCGUAAUCGGCACGCCGCUGAAGGUCCUGGUGGACGACGGGGAAGUCCUCGUGGUCGACAAGCCGGCUUCCAUCCCCGUCCAUCCAUGCGGCCGUUUCCGCCACAACACGGUGAUCUUCAUCCUGGGCAAAGAGCACGGCGUCUCCGAGCUGCACACUGUCCACAGGCUGGACAGACUCACCUCCGGGGUGCUACUAUUUGCCCGGACGCUGGAGACGUCCAAGAAGCUGGACCAGCUGGUGAGGGACAGACAGCUUGAGAAGGAGUAUGUGUGUCGAGUAGAGGGGGAAUUUCCCGAGGGCGAGCUGAUCUGUGAAGAACCCAUCCUGGUGGUCUCCUUUAAAAUCGGGCUCUGCCGGGUCGACCCGAAGGGAAAAGAGAGCAGAACCGUCUUCCAGAGGCUCAGCUUCAACGGAAAAACAAGCGUAGUCCGCUGUUUACCGCUCACCGGCCGCACACACCAGAUCCGAGUCCACCUGCAGUACCUGGGCUUUCCCAUCCUCAACGACCCCAUUUAUGGGUCCCACGCCUGGGGCCCCCACAGGGCUAAAGGGGGCCUGGUGGGGAAGAGCGACGAAGAGCUGCUGCAGGCUUUAGUGGAAGAACAUCGCUCUCAGGAAAGUUUACACCUGCUGGACAUUAUAGACGACUGCGGCGCUGCGAAGGAAGCAGAGAAAACAAACGCUUUUCCGACACAAACAGAGGAAGAAAACUCCAGCCAGGUUCCACCAGAGGAGCAUCGGAGUACUGGAUCAACUGAAACUGAAUCGGGUCAGAAAAGUCCCCCAGGAAGCCGGGACCACCUCUGCAGCGAAUGCAGGCUGGUGCGACCGGACCCCACGGAGAAGGAGCUGGUCAUGUAUCUCCACGCUUUACGCUACAAAGGACCGGACUUUGAAUAUUCCACACAGUUACCCGACUGGGCCGAAGCGGACUGGGAGGAGACCGAUCUCAGCUGACCUCAUUUAGUCACAUUUUGUAUUUAUUUUGUCUCUAAUUUCUGGGGUUUUAUUUUGAUACUUCUCAGGAGAUUUUCUGAAGACGUUGCUGUAAAACGCCUCAGUAGGAGGAUUGUUUGCAUUUAAUUUUGAACAUCUGAAAUAAACCGACCUCUGCUGCUGCUGAAAAA